GGCAUGAAAGUAGUACCUGCCUUCCAUGAAUUGAAUUCUGGACCAGGUGACUCUCUGGCUGCUGUAUCAGAAUUGCUUUGCUGGUGGGCUAAUGUUGCUAUAACAGAUCUCCAUUAGAGACCGUUCCCCAUCCAUCUCCCUGAGAGGCGGUUCUCACUUCCCUCGCUGUUGGUGAUGGAGCUGAUUCACUGACCGCCCGCCUUAUGUAAGAGUCACACCGCAGCCGGCCUUCCCUGCCUGCCUGCCUGACACAGCGCCCGGCUGCGGUUCACCGCGGGCUGGAGGGCAGAAGCGGCCGGUGCCCGGUGCCGGCAGAGCGGGCGGGGAUGCGGUAGCGGCGGGGACGGGAACGGGAACGGGCCAGUGCCGCGGACACACCGUGACGUCAGCACCGGGCGGGGCGGGCCGGCGGAGCGGGACGGCAGGUUAAGCAACAAUGGCAUUUGUGAAGAGCGGAUGGCUGCUCCGGCAAAGUACCAUUUUACGGCGCUGGAAGAAGAACUGGUUUGAUCUGUGGUCUGAUGGCCGCUUAAUAUUCUAUGAUGAUCAGAGUCGCCGUGAUCUGGAGGAUAAAAUCCACAUGCGGAUCCACUGCAUCAACCUCAGAGUGGGAAGUGAAUGUCGAGAUUUCCAGCCUCCAGAGGGGAAGCAGAGAGACUGUUUACUGCAGAUUGUUUGCCGUGAUGGGAAGACAGUCAACCUCUGUGCAGAGAGUGCAGAUGACUGCCUGGCAUGGAAAAUUGCUCUCCAGGAUGCCAGAACAAAUACAGGCUACGUGGGAUCUGAUGUGAUGUAUGAUGAGACAGCCAUUUCCUCAGCCCCUCCUCCCUACACAGCUUAUGCCACACCAUCACCUGAGGUUUAUGGCUAUGGCUAUGAUCAGUACCAUGGUGCAUAUCCCCCCGUGGGCCCUCAGGUCUUCUAUGCCUCCAAUGGACAAGCUUAUUCUCUUCCCUAUCAGUAUCCAUACCAAGGACCUUAUGGCCAGCCCCCUGCAAACCACGUCAUCAUUCAGGAGCGUUACCGUGACAGCGAUGGAGAUCUUGCACUGGGCAUGCUGGCUGGAGCAGCAACUGGAAUGGCUCUGGGAUCAUUAUUUUGGGUCUUCUAGAUUACCCUUUCCUUAUCUCUGUAGUUUCAAACCCCUUUAUUGUGUGCAAUAAUAUAUUGGCAAUGUUGUUUACUGUUAAACUUUGAAAAAUUCAAUAGUUAUUUUUCAGUAGUGACAUCUUAAUAACUGAUUCUUAACUGUCUUAAUGAGAGUUUAAAGGCACCAUUUAGUUAAGUGGUUGGAGAUGGCAUGUGCUGCUCUUGAAUUCUGGUCUGAUGUACAGAAUUAUAAGGGUCAAUAUGAGCACCAGUGUCACGUGGUAGCAGUCACCUUCUUUAUGAGCAGACUGUUAUUGUAAACACCAUAUGAAAAAAGGGUUUUGAGGGGGAGGGGUCUAAGUUCUAGUUCAAAUAAAAGGUUAACAGGAGUCCUGCAUUAGUAUGGACACACUACUGGCUUUUAAACAUUCCCUGGAAAAGCACAGAGCUCAGCAGAGAUUCCUUGGGCAUUAGAUAGUCUGCCGUGCUUGAGGGUUUUUUUGUUUUCAGACUUGCCUGCAGAUAGUAGUGUGCUUUCUUAGGUGGAGCCCUGUUCUUCUCACACCAUCCAGGUAAAGUUGUCUCUGAGAAUGUAUGAGCAAACCACUCAGAAGCAGCAGCACUGUUCAAUUCUUUUAUUCUCCCAGAAAUGUGAAUGACCAGUGGCAAGGAAGAGCAGUGUUUGUUGUUCUAGCUCCCUCUUUAUCCUGGAUGACUCUUCUGUGGUCAGAUAGAAGUAGCAGAUCUUUAGCUUUGGAGGUGUCUGCAGAACAGCAGCCUCAGACACUGCACAGCUGCAUUGUUAGGAACCAGCCAUUGUCCUGUGUCUGUGUUUGUCAUUGCCAUGGCUCUGCAGAGGCUGCAGGAGGAGAAUGAACUUGAACAGCCCUCGCUCUGUUGGGCCUCCCAGCCCCUCUGCAGGCAGGAACAGUCAGGAGGGGAGAGACAAGUAGACCUUGCACACAGGCACUUUGAUAUCAGCUGCCUUGCCAGGGCUAGGACAGGAUGCCUGCCUCAGCCACCAAGGUUUCCUGAAACAGGUUCCUUAUUUGCAACUAAUUUUGAGCACACCUGAGCUUGGAUUUGUUGUAUGCACACUUCACAUUCAGCAGGUCUCCUCUCCAUGACUUGUUGAGAAAAACACUCCAAAGAACCUGUCUGGUUUUGCUUGUAAGAAUGGUUUCUGUGUGCUGUGGACUGUACCCUGGAGUGCAGCUGUUUUGUGUGUUACAUGGCCUGUUCUAAUCCAUGCUGAGCUGUGCUCAGCAGGGAAAGAAAUGCAUGGGCUUUCUUGUUCAGGUAAAUGAGGCAGGGUGCCUAAGUUGAGUUCUUAUAGUAAGAGGACUUAUUUUUAUACUGCCACUUUCAGCUUCCUGUAUUCAUAUACUGUUUUGAUGUUAAGUCUUACUUAUCCUUCCAUUCAGAAGAAGGUUCAUUUCCUUACAGUUCACAGGGUUUCAUGUCAGGAAAGAAGAAAACAGAUGAGAACUUGCACCCAUAUAAAUUAAACUGAAGUCCCAAUAUUCUCCAUUUCAUCCUAAAACUCUCUUGGCUCUGGCCUACUUAUUUAAGCAGUAGAGGUCCUGGACAAGAGUUUGGGUAGCAGCCAGGGGAGGCACUAGGCUUUCAUGAGCCUUAGGACUAACUCAACCAAGUGGCAUCACUGGAAGUAAACAGACAGAUGUAAUUGUGGCUGCUUUACUCAGAGUGCCCUAAUCCAGGGAAGGUGAACUGUGUUUAGGAGGCUGGCUCUGAGCUGUGCACCAAUGUGCAUGCACGUCCUUUCACAGUUUAACACAAGGUGCACGUGUUCUGCCAGUUAGAUGUACUGAAAGAACAUUCUGGAAGUGCAAAAGAGGACUAAAGUGAAAGUUUCCUAUUGCUGGUCCAAACCAAAAGAAAUUGCAGUACACUACUGAAGCUCUCUUAGAGACUUGGUAGCUAUGUGGUCAGAAAGGGAUGGAAAAUAAGUGAAUAAAAAUGUCUACCAUUUUAAAAAGCCCUUUAAGAGUGAAUUUGAUUACAGGUCUUUGCUGCUGUUUGGUUUGUGCUUUGCAAUAGUGAGUUCUGCAGAACGCCUCCACCUCUUCUUCCUCUGUGAUUCUUAAUUUGUAAGGAGUAGGGGAGAAUUAAACAACUGGGCAUCAUAUGAUUUUUUUGAAUUUCAUAAUGACCAGGAAAGGAUAACACAAAAUCAGUCAGCUAGGGGCUCGGGUUUGUUUUUGUUUUUUUUCAGAAGAGCUGUUAGUUACAGCAGGGGAACAUGUCUUUUGUGUUUUCGGGAGAUAACUCUGUCUAGGUCCCUGGUUUCUUCAAGUGAAGUAUAUAAAAUAAAGAUUGUUGAUUGCAAAACAUUCCUGGGUUGAAAUUCAAAUUAAUUUUUUUUUUUAAGUUGUAAAUUGAAGUAAUUCUCCAUUAAGAAAAUAACCUUACAGUUCUCAAUGGAAAAACUCUACAAAUUGAAGCGAAAGAUUCUAGUUUUGGCUUGGAAACAAUAGGCUGCUUUUAUACAAAAAUCAUGAACUAUUUUCUAUCUCAGAAGCACAGGCAUUUAGAAGCCAGAAAGCAAGUGUACAAACCUGUGCUGGAGCAGGAAAUCAAGAGCACAGUUAUCUCCCUGCAGGUGCUUGUAGCCUUUCUGGUCUCACUGCAGAGACAGAAGUGGCAGCAUCCCGGUGCACAAAGCAGCAGCGUGGGGACUGCCACCUGAAAACCCUGGUUGUUGAAGUCAGAAUUGCUUCCUGAAGACAUGCUCGUGUCUCCAGUUGCUCAGGACCAGAGCAGAGCUUUGGUCAGAUCCACAGUAAUGUCUGGCUGGAUGCACAGUCAUGGCUCAGUAGCCUUUCCCUGCCCAGCUCUGCACUUCAUGCAUCUGCAGCUGGUGUGGGUGCUGCUGUGAGCUGAAGGAGAUGGGGUUUGGGGCUUGGAGGGACUGCCAUGCCAGGUUCUGCAGACCAGUGGUACCACAGGGAUGGGAAGAGGCAGCAGGUGUGGCAAGAUAAUUUCCAAAGCAGAUUGAAAUGAUUGUUUGUUUCUGAACGGUGCUAUUCAUGACUAUAAUUCCAUUUAUAUUUGUGUAGUACUCAAGCACACAUUCCUGCUUUGGCCCAAUACUGAAGCCCCCUAAAGCUGCAGGAGGUUCACAGGUAGCCCAGUGCCACUGUUUUUGUGCAGUGUACACUGUCAGGUAAGGAUAAAUCUGUUCAGCAGUGCCAGGCUGUUCAGAAUUCAGUGUCAGUGCUGAUGGAGGUCAUGAGCCCAUGUGUUCUUCCUGGGACUUGGUACUUUUGGGCUCUCAGCUAUGGAUAGCUGGACAGAGCCAGACUUCCUGAGAGCAGGGUGGGAGUGCUCAGCCUCCUGGUAAGCCUGGCCACAUUACAGAGGCAAACCAGGCCCCUCUCCCACAUUCUGUUACAGCUGAAAACCUAGCUAUUGGCUUCUUUUGCAUGGAUUUGAGGGAGAGCCAGUCUCUCCUAGAGUGGGUAAAGGCUUAUGGGCUAGAGAGGAAUGGGUGGGCACUGUUUCUGUUUCUGUACAGAACAACUGCACUGACUUCCAGCAAGGACACAAAGCACAUUCCAGGCAGUGUCUAGGUGGAGCUAUUCUGCAUAUCAUCCAGCACUGACUUACUUUGGUUUGUUCUUCAGUGGAGAUUCAGUGGGUGAUGGAACCAGCUACACAUGGAGUAGAGGAGAAAAUUCUCAGCCAUGUUCCUCAGAUGUGUUUUUGCUUUUCCUCCUCAGCAUAAGACUGUGUUCCAGUCAUGGAGGGUAGCAUGCAACAAGUUUCACCUCCAGAACCUUUAUGUUCUUGUGCACUCCCUGUCUUUACUGCAGCUUUUACUGUAUGUCCUCAUUCUCAUUAUUAAUUUAUAGCAAAAUAACCAUAGAAAUAAAAUUCAUAUUUAGUGUAA